CACAAUCUCCUCAUACUUUCUGUAGCCAGUUUUGUCUACCUUGUUAAGUAGCUGUCUUCCCCGUAUUGCUAACACACCUUAUGUUGCACUCAUAUCACUCCAAGCAUCCUCUUCCCAGUUCUGUCUAUACCAUCUUCAUAUUAACCAUCACGCUCAGGUUCCGCUACCAUAUCUUCCCAGUACCAUUCCUCGUUCUGGAACACACCAAGUUGGAGAAACGUCUCUCAUCUCACAGCCACCUCACCACUGUACUUGGCCCUGCCGUGUUUUCCUCGUCGCCAAGACCCCAUUGUCAAUGUAUCACGGCCAGAGUGUUCAUACGCCCAGCAUAGUCAUGCUUUCGCUCAUACCAUUAGCAUUCGGUUCUCCUGCGAUUAGUAUCUGCCGGAAUGGCCUCCAUCGAAUAGCAUCUGCCACAUCUCAUCCUUGCAACCUCGUAUGCUUAGUCAGUCGGCGCAUAACAAUACUCUUGGUUACAUGGGUCUUAAACUUUUACACUUCGUUGCUUUUCAAGCUGGAGCCAGGGUUAGCCCAAAUAUAAUCCGUUACGCU